CGUGUCUAGGAAUGGCAUGUUUAAAACCUGCUUAGUUUGCAUAAAAAUGUACAUUAUAAUCAUAAGCUUUGAAACAAUUGAAACUCAAUAUUCACGUACUGAAGAGGACUGGAAAAUGAAUGAAUGGCCAAAAUUAAGAAGUUAAUUUUGCUUCAAGAUGUGACACCUCAUUUACAGACUACAGAAAAAGGAAUGAUAACCUGACCAUCACCAUACAGUAACAGAAGAAAUCCUAAGGAAGUGUCAAACACGUCAUUUAAUCAGAUAUUUCUUGUGGUGUGCAUCAUCAUGGACCAGCUGUACUCUGCUCUUCAGACAGAAGUCACUGCGUUUAAGCAACAUGUGCAGCAAUGUAAGGACAAUUUUGACUUGGACACUCUGCAUACUGUACUGAUUUCACUGACUGAGAAUAACCAUCAAAAAAUUGAAAGUUUAGAUGCUCUCCGACAUCUUGCAGAGGUGUCUAAUUUCAGGGAACAAGCAGUUCAAAUUCAAUUUGAGGGCAAAGCAAACAUUCAGAGCUAUAUCUCCUGGUUUUUUACAUAUUUAGAUCACCUGAGAUCAUUAAAGGAAAUAUUUGAUGAAAAAGUAGUGAUUCCCCUGUGUGAGAACAUUUAUGUGAAUGAUGAAGAGGAAGCACUGGAAACACAGCAUCAUUCCCCCUAUUCUCAACAGUUCAGUUCAUUCACUUUGUCAGAAAAUUUAAAACAUGAUUCCAUAGCCAAAGUGGCCAAUGAUCUCUUCAGUCUUCGGCGUAAAUGGACAGCUCUUCUGACAACUGGCAAAAUCAAGGAGGAAUAUCUUAAUAUUCAGAGUGCUCCCAAACACAUAAAAGAAAAUAAACCAAUUGAUACAAUUCUAUGGUUGGUGUCAGAUCUGUUCUACAAGUGCUUCUUGGCCGCAAAUCUAGCUUCUCACUGGAUACAUCUCCAUCAAAGAAAAUACUCCUCAGCUUCUCACUGGCAAGUAAAACUUGACACAGAUAACAGAAAAAUGAAACAGAAAUCACACCAGUUUAAAAGCAUUCAGACUGCACUCCGACUUCCCAAAAGGACCAACAAUAAAACCCAAAUCGAAACAGCAGAGGAGAUCAAGAACAAACUUAGAGAUGCUAGAUUUAAUUUGCUUGCAUUAAUGUGGCGGGAUAAAAGAAUAAAGAUACUAGAAAAGAAGAUGAGAGAAAGUUUGCUGAACAGCCAGAACUUGCAACAUUUACUAGAGAAGAAGAAAAAUGAGAUGGACCUUCUACAACACAAAGCAGAAAUGGAAGUAAAAGAUGGGAGCAAAAUGAAACUUCUUAACGAAAAGUACAGCAAGGCUACUUUGGAGGCUCAUAUUCUAGAAAAAAAUGUCAGACUUGAGGAAUAUCAUCAGCGGCUCUUGAAGAGAGACUGGAUACUGGAACUUGAAAUGCAACCAACAUUUAUCCGCUAUAUUGAUAUGCUUCAGGAACUUUGCAAAGAAAAUGAAGAGAAGCUGAAAAACAAAGGAGAAGAAUUCAGCCAAGAACCACAACAGUGCAGCCUGAUGUCCAGUCUGGAUUCAUUUUCCAUCCUCUCAUGCUCCUCCAGUACACUUUCUUUGAAAUAAAUAACAACAGGAAAUCAUUUUUGAAUAUUGUGCUCCUAACCAGCUGCUAACAGGUGAGUUACCAAAGCGUUUCCAAGAGCACUGACACAUUGCAGACCGCACAUAGAUUAUUAUGCUAUAGCUGCUCUGUGGUUUACAGUCAGCGAGGUCAAGACUGAAAAAAGCUAAAUAAUGUCUCUUGCAUGGGAAAGGAAAAUAUGAAAGAUCCUCAGAGGCAAGUGGUGACUUAACCCCUUCAAGUCCUGUUUGGAACUUUAACUGAAGUAUGCCCUAUCUUCAAGGGAUUUACUUUAAAACUACAAAGGAUUUGUUUUGCUCACACAGAUAAAUGGUUUGUGCACUUUUUUGAAAUUAAUUUUCAGUUUACAAAAGAAACUUGAAAUCUUUUCACAGUUAACCAUCUAGAACAUUUAUACUGUUUUCUCAUUAUAUUCAUUUUUAUUUUUGCACAAAUUUGGGAAAUUUCUGUAAUGUUGUAACAUGCCAUUUCUAAUGAAAAUACAUAUAAUGUAUAUAGGAAGGUGCUAAUUCUGUAAAUAAAACAAGAUUUCACAGUACACCUCUGAUUCACAGGAAGAUCUGUUACUAAGAAAAUUGUGUAGAACUUAACUUUUUGCAUGAAUUUUUCUCCUUUUGUAAAAUAGCUAUUUAAGUGCUUGCCUUCUUUAACCUUACAACAUUUUACACCCAUUAUAAUUUCUAUCAAGAUAUCAUUCUCAGACCCAUUUAAUCUAAUACUUGGGUAGCUGAAUGC